GCGGUGGCGGCGCGGGGCCGGGGCGGCGGAGGAAGAGGAGAAGAAGAAGAUGGCGGCGGUGCGGGCGGUUCGCGGGCUGGUGAACGGCGCCGGGCCCGGCGGGCCGCGGGAGCAGGUGGCGGCCAUCACCCGCGACUACGUCUCCCAGCCGCGCCUCACUUAUAAAACUGUAUCGGGUGUGAAUGGUCCCCUGGUUAUCUUGGAUCAAGUUAAGUUUCCUAGGUAUGCAGAGAUUGUCCACUUGACUCUUCCCGAUGGCACAAGAAGAAGUGGGCAGGUUCUGGAAGUCAGUGGCUCCAAAGCUGUGGUUCAGGUAUUUGAAGGAACUUCAGGUAUUGAUGCUAAGAAAACGUCUUGUGAAUUUACUGGGGAUAUUCUUCGAACCCCUGUCUCUGAGGAUAUGCUUGGCAGAGUAUUUAAUGGAUCAGGAAAACCUAUAGACAGAGGCCCCAUUGUUUUGGCUGAAGACUUCCUUGACAUAAUGGGUCAGCCAAUCAAUCCCCAGUGUCGUAUCUAUCCAGAAGAAAUGAUUCAGACUGGCAUUUCUGCUAUAGAUGGUAUGAACAGUAUUGCCAGGGGGCAGAAAAUCCCCAUAUUCUCAGCUGCUGGCUUGCCCCACAAUGAGAUUGCAGCUCAGAUAUGUCGCCAGGCUGGCUUGGUGAAGAAAUCCAAAGAUGUGAUGGACUACAGUGAAGAAAACUUUGCCAUUGUGUUUGCUGCUAUGGGUGUGAACAUGGAAACUGCUCGGUUCUUCAAAUCGGACUUUGAGGAGAAUGGGUCCAUGGACAAUGUGUGUCUGUUCCUGAAUUUGGCCAAUGAUCCAACCAUUGAACGCAUUAUCACACCUCGUCUAGCUCUAACAACGGCAGAGUUCUUGGCAUAUCAGUGUGAGAAGCAUGUGUUGGUCAUUCUGACAGAUAUGAGCUCCUAUGCUGAAGCUCUGCGAGAGGUUUCAGCAGCUAGAGAGGAAGUGCCUGGCCGUCGUGGUUUCCCAGGCUACAUGUACACUGACUUGGCUACUAUAUAUGAGCGUGCUGGGCGUGUGGAAGGCAGAAAUGGUUCCAUUACUCAGAUUCCUAUUCUUACCAUGCCCAAUGAUGAUAUUACUCAUCCUAUCCCUGACUUGACUGGGUACAUCACUGAGGGACAAAUCUAUGUGGAUAGGCAGCUGCAUAACAGACAGAUUUACCCGCCUAUUAAUGUCUUGCCCUCCUUGUCUCGACUGAUGAAGUCAGCUAUUGGAGAGGGUAUGACCAGGAAGGAUCAUGCAGAUGUGUCCAACCAACUGUAUGCCUGCUAUGCUAUUGGAAAGGAUGUACAGGCUAUGAAGGCUGUAGUUGGUGAGGAAGCUCUUACCUCAGAUGAUCUUCUUUACCUGGAGUUUCUGCAGAAGUUUGAGAAGAACUUCAUUGCUCAGGGUCCUUAUGAAAAUCGCACUGUUUAUGAGACCUUGGACAUUGGAUGGCAGCUUUUGCGAAUCUUCCCCAAGGAGAUGUUGAAGAGAAUUCCUCACACAACACUGGCUGAAUUCUACCCUCGAGAUUCAACUGCAAAACACUAGCCACAGCUUCAUCUCUAACUCCUUGCUCUGUGAAAUGCUGUUUGUUUUCUUUUUUCAUGUGUUGGUGUUUACUUGUCACCCUUAAAAUUAAAACCGAGAAUAGGUGACAUUUGUGCCAGUGUUUCAAUGUACACUGAUACCAGUUUUUAAAAUAUCCCUUCUUCCAAAGCCUGGAUCUUCAGGAAAAUAUUUAGGCCAGCUCUUAAAAAUGUGCAAUAGCUAUCACAAAGCUUGUUUUUUGAACUGGACCUGUUGUAGACAUUUCAAGGGAAUGUCUGAGCUUUACCAGAAAUUGCAGAUCUUUACUUUCAAACCAGGAGCACAUGGUUUAGAAAACAUGAAAGAGCAAAUGUGACUUCCUUUGUCCAAAGCAUCUGCUCAAUUUGAUCAUAUGCAGUUGCCAUGCUGCUGGUGGAACAGAUGGCACUCUGCUGUCCUGCUGUUGUGCCUGAAGACCAGGCUAAUAUGUAGAAAGUGUGGUGCAUGACAACAUACCUUUCUGAAAAAUGCAAGUCACUGAUUUUUAACUAUGGCUUAAGAUUCUUAAAGGUAUACAUGAACUGAAGACACUAGUAGGCAGGCUAGGUGCUUUUCUACUAGCAAAGAGUCUUUUCAGAGGUCACAGGCCAGUGAGUUGCUAUCUGAAGGUAGCAUGAUAAGGCUUAAUUACUGAAUUAAAGGUUUUAAAUUGAAGUUUGCUGAGUAAAUUUUCUACUUACCUGCCCCCCCCCCCUUUUUUUUUCUUUGAAUUCUGGAAAUGCCAGAGACACAAAACAGCAUCUAAAGCAUUCCGAGAUCUGUAGUGUCCCAGUGGGAAAAACUGUAGGUAAUUCAAGGCUUUGUGCUGCUACUGAAGGGGAUUAUGAGAUGUGAAAAAAAAAAACCUCUUAUACCUGACACAGUUGUACUGGUGGGAGGUCAGCUUUUAAAGUAUGUCUUGUACUAAAUGCAAUAGGAGAAAGCAACUUAUUGUGUGAAUGGAUAUUUUGAAUUCUGUUAUAAAGCAUGCUCUAGGUGGCACUGGGUCCAGAGUUGUGUUUGAAACUGUUGUGGUUUGCACUCCAGGCACAGAUUUGGCUAGCCAGGAGAGCUCAGCAUUCCCAAACACUGCAAACUUGGCUAGUCAAUUCAGUGGUGGUGGGUUUUGUUUUUUUUUUUUUUUUAAAUUGGUUCAGAUGAGGCUCCAAGCCCAGUGCUGGCAGGCUUUCUUGCUUUUUUUCCAGGCUUAAUGUAGUCUAAGCUCUGGUCUAGCUAACCAAAGCAUGUUGCACCUCUCUAAACGCCUUCAGUGCUUGUCUAGGAAGGUGCUAACAUGACUUGAAUGAUGGUGUACUAAUUCAGCUUUCCCUGACGUCUCCUAUGUGCAGUUCUUUCUAUAGUUUGUUCAGUGUUCUUUGUAACUUGGACGCAAUAGCAACUUUAUUCCACUGCAUUCCACCCUAAAGCUGUGUCAAAUCUAUUUUUCUUGAGGUGGGGAUGGGAGGUUGGAAGUGUUGGCAUGAGAAUACUUUAAUGUAGAGAAUAUCUAAAUAAAUUAAAUAUGGAAGGUGUUGAACAAA